AAAGAAGAAACCUUUUAAUAAACAGCAAAAAGCAUCUAAACCCACAGAAUCGAAAGAUUCAACUAUUCUCUCUCUCUAAUGGAAGCCGAUGUAUCCAUUCUCUUCCAAAUCAAAACCCUAAAAUAAAAAUCUGAUUCCCUUUUUCUUUAUACUUCUUUUUAGGGUUAAUCGAAAAUGAAACUUGCUGUUGUUGUUGUGAUUUUCUUCUUCUCUUUAUCUACUUGCUGUGUGAUGACCUCGGCUAGCGUGGUUUUGAUUGGUGGCAACGUUACCUUGUCUUUCGAUGACGUUGAAGCUAAUUUCGCUCCAGCAGUUAAGAGUUCCGGUGAAUGUGGGGUAUUCUAUUUGGCAGAGCCCCUUGAUGCGUGUUCAGAUUUGACAAAUAAAGUUGAAAAAGCUUCAAAUAUUUCUUCAUCUUAUGUUUUAAUUAUAAGAGGAGGGUGUAGCUUUGAGGAUAAAGUUAGAAGAGCACAAAAGGCUGGGUUUGAGGCUGCAAUUGUACAUGACAAUGAAGAUGAUGGCAUCUUGGUUUCAAUGGCAGGGAAUUCAUCUGGUAUAGAAAUACAUGCUGUAUUUAUUUCUAAAUAUUCUGGUGAAAAACUCAAGAAGUAUGCUGGGAUGAGUUACGUGGAGCUUUGGUUAAUCCCAAGCCUUGAAAAUUCAGCAUGGUCUAUUAUGGCAAUCUCUUUCAUUUCUCUGCUGGCCAUGUCUGCGGUGCUGGCUACUUGUUUCUUUGUUCGUAGGCAUCGUAUAAGAAGAGAGCGGCCUCGUUCUUCUCGUGUCCGGGGGUUGCAUGGGAUGAGCAGUCGCUUGGUGAAAGCAAUGCCAAGCCUAAUAUUCACAACUGUUCUGGAGGACAAUUGUACUUCAAUGACAUGUGCCAUAUGCCUUGAAGACUAUAGUGUUGGAGAGAAGCUCAGGAUUCUGCCAUGUCAACACAAAUUCCAUGCUAUUUGUGUAGACUCCUGGCUUACCACGUGGAGAACUUUUUGCCCUGUAUGCAAGCGUGAUGCAAGAACAAGGAAUGGUGAUCCGCCAGCCUCAGAAUGUACACCAUUACUUUCAUCCAGCCCAGCCUCUGUGGCUUCUUCUUCGUUGUUGUCAUCCUUCAGAUCUGCAUCAUCAUUGGCCAUACAAAUUGCCCCUACAUCAUUGCAGUCUUCAUCAGUUUCUCAUAUUCCAUCUCUUUCGAGCACUCCAUAUGUCCAGCAGUCUCUUUUGUCAUGCCAUCGAUCGCCUUCUCUAAGUGUAAGUCGCAGCUCAGCAGAUCUUAGGCACGUGUCUUCACAAAGAUCCAUUGCUUCUCAUUUAGUUUCAUUCCACUCAUUCGGUUACCCGUCAAUAUCUCCUCUCAACUCAAGAUACAUGUCUCCAUAUAUUCCUAGCCCAAGCAAUGCCUCACCUAGUUUUAUAAGUUCUUCAAAUCAUCAACCUCACCCACUUCAUUGUAGCGAGUCUGCUGCAAGUUUCUCCCCAUUUGCCUCUGCACAGUCGCUCCCUGAAUGUUAGUAUGAGAUUUCAUUAUAUGGUUGGGAGCUUUUGGUAUGUGACCAGCUAAAUCAAUGGGCAUUGCAUCCUUCAAACCUCGAGAUGCCUCGAGAAGUCUCAAGAUGUCUUGGGGUAUUAGUUUGCGACUGGCUUUAUCGGAUACGUUGGCUGAUUCGUUGUGAGUUGUACAGUGUAUCAUAUAGGAUACGUUGGCUGAUUCGUUGUGAGUUGUACAGUGUAUCAUACCGUUUUGCGGCAAUAUUAAUUUCCAAGUGAGAACUACAGUUGAGGUUUCAGAAAAUUUUAUAGUGUUAUGAGUGUGUUGUAUCAAGCUAUAUGGAAAAUAAUGUUUGACUAGUUUGGAUUGGUUGAUGAUAGUUUAACCCCCCCUUUUCUUGUA